UAUUAUAUUAGGCCGUGAGCCCAGUCUGUAGAAGCCCAGCAGAAAGAGAAUUAGAUCAGAAGGCCUGAGACUUGAGACUGGUCUGAGAAUACCCAAACACCAAAUCACUGAGACUGAGAAGGCGAAGUCUAAAAUGAAUUAAUAAGAUAAUAAAUAAGAAGGGACAGGCGGACAUGUUUCACAUCUCAUCACACUAUCACAGAGAGUCGACAUCAGAUGUACUCGUCAGAUGAGAUAGGCCUAGUUAAGUUGUAGUAUAAAAAAAUGGAGUAUCUAGAAUUAUAUUAUGACUAUGUGAUAGAUAGAUGUAUAAUCAUAAUAUAUAACUUAUAGCAGGAGAGAUGAUUAAUUACAGAUUAUUACUUAAGUAAUAUUAAGCAAAUCUUCAAUAAGAAUAGAUAGCACCAUGACCUCAUUUGUCAUUUGCUGUUUAGUUAAGUUGCUGUUUUGUUAAUAAAUAAUACAGAGACUCCCCACCUUACAAAUGUCUUCCGAACGGCAACUCAUACCAUGAUCGUGACUUUGUUUGUAAAAUGUUAUUAAACUAGGCUAUUACUAGGUUGGCUGUCAGUGGCGUUGCUGUUGACUACGAUUAUCUUCUACUAAUGUGCGUGAGAUAAGAGCUAUAAAUUCUAUCAAGUAAUAAACAAUAAAAAAGCUAAAAUUAAAAUGAAGGGGAACAUGUAUUUUUAUAAUAUUAACAAUUAGUGAUUUGAUUAGAGUUAGAGUUUAGAUAGGUAGUUCGGUAAGAUCCGGGAAGUGCCAAAAACCGGGUCUCGUGAUUUCGUUGUUAAAAUGGCGACCUCCAUUUUUUUAAUUACCGAGAGUCACGUUGUUUAUGACUUUUUAACUAUUUAUAGCCCAGCAUGUAAAUUCUAUUUCUACCCACAACUUAGAGUGGACAUAUUGUGUUAUGAUUAGACCCUUGAGUCCCCCAAAAAAUAUUGUGGCCUCACUUUGAAAAUUGAAGGUAAAAUAACGCAAUUUUUAAUCAUUCAUAUUUUUUGUGUGGAAAUGAGCCUUUCUUCGAAUUUCAAGGACUUUAUUAAUAAUGGCAUUAACUACAACUUUAAUCACGUGUGUCCCAAAAUUACCUAUUAUCGUUAAUAUUCGUUAAUAUAACCUGAUUUACUCUGGAAAUCCAGCCUAUUACCCCCUAAUAACUCAUUUAAAAAUAAAAAAAAAUAAUUAAUAAAACAAAUACAUAUUUUUAAUAUGAUUUGAUGCUUUUAUUGAGGGAUAUUAGGUUGAAAAAGCCUUAUUAAUUACAAUUUAUAGUUAACUAUUAGUUUUAUAUACUGGUAUAUGUAUACUAUUAACUAUAUAUAUCAAUAUACUAUAUAUAUAAUAUAUAUACAGUGCUUUUUUUGUGCCGGUAUGCACCGGUACGGCGUACCGGCACCUUUUUCAAUGUGGGGAAAAAAUUAUUACUUUUCUUGUAUUUUAACGUUUAUUAUUAAUUAAUACGGUAUACUAAUAAAGUAAUACCGUAAUAAAACAAUUUAAGUUGGUUAAUUAUAAAAUAAAAUUGUUUUAGACAUUUAGUGUCUUUGCAGUUGUGAUUUAGCUUGCAUCGAGAUGCGAACUGGUAGUUAAAAGUUAGGCAAUCCAUCACUGAGUACCGGCACCUAUUUUUUUUACAAAAAAAGCACUGUAUAUAUAUAUAUAUAUAUAUAUAUAUAUAUAUAUGUAUGUAUAUAUAGAGGCCUAGAAUAGUAUUACUAUUAUAAGUGUAGGCAUAUCCCCCCCCCCCAAUAAUUAUUUGUAGGACCCAUUAUUCAUAUGUAAUGAUAUAUAUGGGGAUUCUUAAGGCAUAAAUUAAGUAAAAAUGUACAAAAAAUAUUCACUUACCUUUGGUAUUGAAAUAUCCUAUAUUUAAUCACAUAUCACACUUCCAAAAGAGAAUUACUACAUAAUCCUAAGUAUUCUCAAAGAAAAAAAACACUUUCUACCACAAUAAUCCAAGAAUUACAUGAGAUAUUACUAACAUUUAAAAAUGAAACAUUGUAAUUACCUCAAGCAAAUAACUAGAACUUAUUUAAAACUCUAUCAACAGCGAAAGUUGAUUCUAACAAUAAAUGUUGAUCUGUGAAACAACUUUAUUAACUUAAAAUAAAUGACAUACUAUUUUUGUCAUAUUCACACAUUCAUAUGGUAUGGGACUAAAAUACAUUAUAUUAUAUAGAAAAUGGUAAUGUGUAAUAGUCAGUUUUAACUUAUGGAAACAAAUAAUCCCUUUAUUAUUAGUAUAUAUUAUAUACUUAUAUAUUUUAAAAAAUUCCACAGAAAAUUUGAAAUUAAUGUCUUAAGAAUAUUUUAUUAUUAUUAUGAUUUUUGGGAAAUUGAAAAAAAAUAUUUAUACAUAAUUAAUUAAUUAAUUAAAAAUAAGUGACGAGUCAGCAUAUUUUAUAUAUUUUUAAUAGGAAAAUAAUUAAGAUUUUAAAAUAAUUUUUGCGGAAUAUUUACAAAAACUAACUUAUAUUUUGUGGUUUUAUUUAGAAGUACUCUAAUUAAAAUAUGUUCCCUGUAAAUAUUAUAUGUUUGUCUCAUUUUAUAAUAAAGUUAUAGGCCUUUAAAAAAAAGCAAAAUGAGGGUCACAAAAUGUGGAGGAAAAUCCUAUAGUAAAAAGGUGCCUUUGAGGUCCCUACUAAAAAAUUCAUAAUUUUUGAACCGCUUGAGCUAGAAAGUUGAUCUUGGUGUUUUUGUAAUCUAUUCUCCAGGCUCUAUACAGCUGUAGUAUUUUUAUAUUUUUAAAAAUAUUUUGAAAUUUUCAUAAAAGUGCCUAGUUUAGACUAACAAAACAGAGUAGACCGAGGCCUUAAAACUUUAAGUUCAAGUCAAGGCUUUAUUAACUUUAUAAGUAUAUAGCUCAGCUUUCCUUUUUUAAAAAAAAAUUAUUGGAAGUUAAGUUAGGAAUAUAGGAUACAUUUAAUUACAAAAUUUUAAGCUUGGCCUAAUUUUUCAAUAACACUGUUAAUAACAAAUUCAAUCUAUUUUUUUUUUUUGUGUGUGGCCGGUGGGCUCUAAUAUUAAAAUAAAGUUGUCAACAUUUACUCAAUAAAUGAAUUUAUUUAUUGUCUCUUCAAGAAACAACCAUGUCUAAUGUACCAGAAAAUGCCCCAGAGCAUUGCCCUGGCACAAGCAGUGAAUCAGCUGGAAAAGUAGAAGCAUGUGUGGGUUGUCCAAACCAGGCCAUUUGCUCAUCUAUUCCAAAAUUAGGGCCAGAUAAAGCUGUUGAAGAAAUCCGCCAAAAACUUUCCGGUGUCAAACAUAAGGUAUGAGAAAUACUGAUUCUACAAAUACUUCAGUGAGUCCCAACUAUUAAAAAAAAGCAUGUUUAUUAAUUAGAAUAAUAAGAAAAAUGUUAAAAAAUUAAAAGAAAGAUUAUUUUGUUCUUAUCUAAAUUGUUUUUUUAUUUUUAUUAGAUCCUGAUCUUGUCAGGUAAAGGAGGUGUUGGUAAAAGUACAUUCACAGCUCACCUUGCUCAUGCCUUGGCAAUGGAUGAAAAUAGACAGGUAAUGAAUUUAGUGUGUCAAACUAUCAAAACAAAACUAAUUAAUUAAAUCAGGGGUGCCUCUAAUUUUAAGUGAUCUGUUGAGUACUACCUUCACUUUUUGCUUAAUUCUUAUAUAAAUAUUGUUCUGUUAAAGCUAUUUUUAAAAACUUGAUAUUACCAUUAAUUAGUAGAAAUACAGUUUAUGAUGAAUGUAUGUUUUAUAAAGAUAAGUAGCGGAUAAACGUAAUGCAAUUAUCCAAUAGUAGUGGUGGGUAGCUUAACAUUAUAUUAUUUUCUAUAUUGCUUUAUAGUUUUUUGAAAAAAUGUUAGUCGCUGUGAAGUGCAGUUAAUAAUUAGACACUCUUUUGUGUUCUCAUUUAUAUGAAAUUAUGUACCUGUUUUAAUUAGAAGGAAAGUAAAAAAAAGCAGCGAUACAAUUUAUCAUGCAGAUAGGUGUACUUGAUGUGGACAUAUGCGGUCCAUCCAUGCCGAGAAUAAUGGGCGCAGAAGGAGAGACAGUACACCAGAGUGGCUCUGGCUGGUCACCAGUAUAUGUUCGAGACAACCUUUCAAUGAUGUCUGUGGGAUUUUUGCUUGGUAUGUCAUUAGAAAUAAAUACCAUAUUAGAAUAAACGUUUUCAAUUAAUUGUAUGGUAAUAAAUGUGAAAAUUUUGACUAUAAUUUUAUUUUCUGAAAAAAAUGUUUUAAUGCAUUAAAAUUAUCAUUGUUCUUUAGGAUCUCUUGAUGAUGCUGUAAUAUGGCGAGGGGCUAAAAAAUCUGGCAUGAUUAAACAGUUUCUCCGAGAUGUUGAUUGGGACAAGCUUGACUAUUUACUUGUUGACACACCUCCUGGGACUUCCGACGAGCACUUGGCAUUAAUUCAAUAUUUGUCAGGAGCUGGCAUUGAUGGUGCUGUUAUUGUAACCACCCCACAGGAAAUAGCCCUGUGUGAUGUACGGAAAGAGAUCAGCUUUUGUCGAAAGACAUCUUUGCCAAUAAUUGGCAUUGUUGAGAAUAUGAGUGAUUUUGUGUGUCCAAAAUGCCAUAAAUCAUCUAUUAUUUUCCCACCGACAACAGGUGGUGCAAUCAAAAUGGCAGAGAAUCUUGGUGAGAGAUUCUUGGGAAGUUUGCCAUUGGAUCCUAGAAUUGCACAGUGUUGUGACGAAGGAAAAUCUUUCUUUGAAGAAGUGCCAGAUUCGCCGGCAGUUUCAGUAUUCAAGGCGAUUGUGGAAAAGGUUGUUAACUACUGCACAGGCCUGGCAAAGCACAUGGAGGCAGACACAGGCGAAUCUAACAUGGAAGUUUCGUAACUUAUGACAAAUGCAGAGUAAAAAAAAAGUUAUGUUGACAUGUUGUCAAGAAAUCACAUGUCCAUUUGACAAGCCUUGCAUUAUUUUUUUUUAAAAUUUAGCCACUGUAUUAACCAGGUUAUUACAGCUGAAUAAAAUGAGCAGGUCCAAUGUGUUGUACAUUUUAUUUGAAACAACUUUGUUGAUUAUAUGGCAAAUUUUCUAGUUUUAAAAUAUUGAGUUAAUUUUUUGUAAUUUUUUUCUGUCUAGCAGGGAUGAUGUAUAAGCAAUGAUAAAUAUCACAUGCAUUUACUAAUGGUGGAAACAAAAUUUGAAACUUUUUUUUUUUUCCAGAUUGGAGAAAAUGUUUUUAACUUUUUAUUCUUUAAAUUUCUGUUAAAUAUUUGAUGAUUAGACAAUUUAUAUAUUUUGUAUCCUAUUUUCAUAUGAAACUUGAUAACUGUGAAAUUUGUUUUUAGAAUUGGCUUUACAAAUAUUAAUGACAUGAUAGAAGAUUAAUUUUUCUCAUUAUGUCCAUUUUAAUUCUCGCUUUUGUUCAUGGCUGGCUGACAAGCAAAAUCCUUGGAAGGCUAACUGACCCACUUCCUGUCAACCUAUCAAGCUGAAACUUGGCACUUAGAGUCAAUGCUGAUGACAACACAUUCUAUCAAAUUUUCAGCCCCACCACCUAACCCCAAAAAAUCAGUUGGAGGAAGUAUGAUAACACUUAUUUUACAAAAUGAAAUUCUCAAUAACUGCACUAAAUGACAUUCUUUUUUAAAGAAAUAUUGCAAGUAUGUAUGGUGCUUAGUCUUAAUAUUUUCUUUUGUUUUAAGGGGUCGUUUAAUUAUGUGACUUAAAUGAUGAAUCUUGAUUGUUAACUCGAGGGGUUAGAAGCUUUGACUGACUAAUCUCUAUCUCUAAUCUUGUGUAAUGUCAUUAAUUAGCAAUAAUUUUUUUUUUAGCUGCUCUCAGAGAAAUUUGGAAACAGUUUGCUUAAUUCAAGUAUUGUGUUUCUUUGAAUUAGAUCACAAUUGUAAGUUUGGAAUUCCAAUUGUGGGCAUCAAAGGUGUGGUGAAUUAAACCUACUAUGCUAUAACUUUAAAUCUAAUAGGUAUAAAUUAAGUAAAUAUAAUUGCUUAAGGUGUGCACAGUUAUAGAUUGCCAUUAGGAUUUGUUAUGGCUUAUUUAAAACAGAAACUAAAUAAAACAGGAACAAACAAUGUGCUAUGUUGCUUUUGUCAAUGACCCUUCAAAUGAUCUCAUGUUUUUUUAUUUAUAAAUACAUAUAUAGGAAGAGGAAAUUAAAUAGAUUGCAGCUCAAGUCUAAAAAAUGAUAAAUCAAUGUAAUUUUUGUGUUGAUAACUUGAAAAAAAUAGGCUUAUGGAGGAAUAACUCACCUUUGGAAAUAUUUAUAAAUAAAUAAAUAAAUAAAACAAACAUUAUUAUGGCCCUGCAUUCGUUCACAUA